GGUUCAGUGUUAUGAUCCACUUUAUCUGAUGAGCAGGUUGGUUAAAGGGUCAGUUUACCUACAAUGAAUCUGACAGCGGAGAACCACAGUAUUCCUCUCAAAGAUGGAACCCGCAUUCCACUGCUCGGACUGGGCACAUAUGGAGACCCUCGGACGACACCCAGAGGCACGGCACUGGAGUGUGUCAAACUGGCCAUAGAUGUAGGUUACAGGCACUUUGACGGUGCACUGGUUUAUUUCAAUGAACAUGAAGUGGGUCAGGCCAUUAGAGAGAAGAUUGCUGAUGGGACAGUCAGAAGAGAGGACAUAUUUUACUGUGGAAAGCUCUGGAAUACCUUCCACCCACCAGAGAUGGUGAGACCGACCUUGGAAAAGACCCUGAAGGCCCUGAAAUUAGACUAUGUGGAUCUGUACAUCAUUGAGCUUCCGAUGGCCUUCAAGCCUGGAAAUGACUUUUAUCCAAAAGACAAGGAUGGAAAAUACAUCUACCACCACACAGACCUCUGUGCAACAUGGGAGGCUCUAGAAGCUUGCAAAGACGCUGGACUUGUCAAAUCUCUAGGAGUUUCCAACUUCAACCGCAGACAGUUGGAGCUGCUGCUGAAUAAACCUGGCCUCAAACACAAACCUGUUUCCAACCAGGUGGAGUGCCAUCCAUAUUUCACACAACCCAAGCUCCUAGAGUACUGUCGGCAGAAUGACAUAGUGAUUGUUGGCUACUGUCCACUUGGCUCCUCUAGAGAUGCUUCCUGGGUCAAUUUGAAAUCCCCUCCCAUGCUGGAGGAUGAGGUGCUCGUGUCCAUUGGGAGAAAGUACAAAAAGAGCAGUGCUCAGGUGGCUCUGCGCUUCAAUGUGCAGAGAGGAGUCGUAGUCAUCCCUAAAAGCUUCAGUCCCGAGAGGAUCAAACAUAACUUCCAGCUCCCUGUCCUUCCAUGUGUACAACCUGACACGAGCAGCAGGCCUGUGUUCUGUGGCCCACCACUCUUCUGGAGAUUGUCAAAAUUUAUAAUCAUGAAAGACGAAGGACCGAAUACAUCUCAGACAGAAUGUUCCAAUGGGCACAGCAAACCCCUGGAAGUUGUACCCAGUGACGAGGAGAAGAUGGCAGACAGGGGUCAGUGGGGUAACAAGCUGGAGUUUGUCCUGUCAGUAGCUGGAGAAAUUAUAGGACUAGGAAAUGUCUGGCGUUUUCCUUACCUUUGUUACAAAAACGGAGGAGGAGCCUUUUUUAUCCCCUACCUCAUUUUCCUGUUUGCCUGUGGGAUUCCUGUUUUCUUCCUGGAGACAGCACUGGGUCAGUACACCAGUGAGGGUGGAAUCACCUGCUGGAGGAAAGUCUGCCCUUUGUUUGAAGGAGUGGGCUAUGCCACCCAGGUGAUUGUUGCCUUACUCAACGUCUACUACGUUGUCGUGCUAGCGUGGGCCAUCUUCUACCUGUCCCAAUCCUUUACCUGGGACCUGCCAUGGGCUUCCUGCAAUAACACCUGGAACACUGAGUCCUGUAUGGUAUUUCAGAGGGGAAAUAGCUCCAUCGAUCACCAUGAGAACGCCACCUCUCCUGUCAUCGAGUUCUGGGAGCGUAGAGUUCUGAGAAUUUCUUCAGGUAUUGAUCAAAUAGGCAGUUUGAAUUGGGACCUGGUCAUAUGUCUGGCCGUGGCAUGGGUCAUCUGCUACUUCUGCAUCUGGAAAGGAGUCAAGUCCACUGGCAAGGUGGUUUACUUCACAGCCACCUUUCCAUAUGCUAUGCUAAUAAUCUUGCUAAUCAGAGGGGUCACCCUCCCAGGAGCCUCCAAUGGAAUCUACUUUUACCUCUACCCUGACCUGGCACGGCUGUCUGACCCACAGGUGUGGAUGGAUGCUGGCACUCAAAUCUUCUUCUCCUACGCCAUCUGCCUGGGCUGCCUCACUGCCCUAGGAAGCUACAACAAAUAUAACAACAACUGUUACAGGGACUGUGUCUGCCUGUGUUUCUUAAACAGUGGCACCAGCUUUGUGGCAGGGUUUGCCAUCUUCUCCAUCCUGGGCUUCAUGUCUUAUGAGCAGAACAUACCCAUCUCAGAUGUAGCUGAAUCUGGUCCAGGUUUGGCCUUCAUAGCCUACCCUCGAGCUGUGUCCAUGAUGCCGUUCUCCCCCCUGUGGGCCUGCUUCUUUUUCAUUAUGGUUGUUUUCCUGGGCCUGGACAGUCAAUUUGUCUGCGUGGAGAGCCUGGUCACAGCCAUGGUGGACAUGUAUCCUUCCGUCUUUCGUCGUAAAAACCGCAGGGAACUCUUCAUCCUGGCAGUGUCUGUAGUCUCCUUCCUCUCAGGGCUGAUCAUGCUGACAGAGGGAGGAAUGUACGUCUUCCAGCUCUUUGACUAUUAUGCAGCCAGUGGGAUGUGUCUCCUCUUUGUGGCUAUUUUUGAAACUGUCUGUAUUGCCUGGGUUUACGGUGCUGACCGUUUCUAUGACGACAUAGAGGAUAUGAUUGGAUAUCGUCCCAGCCCUGCCAUCAAAUACUGCUGGAUGUUCUUCACCCCUGCAACAUGCUUUGGAACCUUUGCCUUUGCCUUGAUCAAAUAUUCACCUCUACAAUACAGCAAUGAUUAUGUGUACCCCUGGUGGGGAGAUGGAAUAGGCUGGAUCUUGGCCCUAUCCUCCAUGCUGUGCAUCCCGUCUUGGGUGGCAGUGAAACUUUACUCCACUCCUGGAACACUGAGAGAGCGUCUCGUCCUGUUGACCACCCCUUCUUCCGAGUUACCAAAGACAAAGAAGGAGCAAGAGAAACAGCUCGCUGCCUUUGCAGCCAAUGGUGAAAAUCUCCAUCAGACAGUAGUUCCAACCAAGGAUGGUUACAUUCCUGUUGAUGAAAAAGAAUCCCAUUGUUGAAAGCUGAAAGGAUUGAAGUUCAGUUUCCUCAGAACAUCUGUCUCACCUCUUCACUGUGCUUUUACAGUACGGCAGUUACAGGAAUAAAUUGACAGGUAAUGUGAGAAAAAGCUGAACAAACCUUACCUGUUACUGCUGAUCUCUUGUUGGUUUCAAAAUUGUUGUGACUCAGAAUAUGUUCUCUUGAGGUAAAAUGCACAUCAUGUCAUUUUUCCAAAGGCAAAAUCAUACCUGCAUGAAUUUGUUUUUUUUUAUAUCUGUGAUAUACAGUGCUCAGAGUUUACAUAUAGCAAGGAUGUUACGGAUAAAUGUACCUCUUGUGUCGACAAACGUGUGAAUACCUGCUCUCUAUAAACAUAUUCAAUUGUAUUAUCCAACUUUGACAAUACAAAAAAGUACUUUAAAUUGUGACUUGAAUUGAUUCAUGAUGAUUGAUUUUUGUAUUGUCUUUGUAGGAAUUUUAUAGCACAACAUUUUAAACAUUUUUGUUUGUUUUAUAGUAUAGUAACAUGCCUCUUAAUAUUUUUCAAGACCUUCUACAGUAGUGUCAUCUGAUGUUGUCCCCUUUUUGCUGUAUAUGAACCUCAGCCAUAAGGCUUCAACAGAUAGUUAUGAUGUUGAUAAUGUUAGAAUUGAGCACCUAAAGGAAAUAAACUCCUUAAAUUUCGCAUCUACCAUCUAUGUUAUGGAAACACUUUUUUUUCAUACAACUGAAUGUAGAAAUUAAUAAUGUCUUGUAUUGAUAAAAUGUAUGUCCUAACUUUUUUGGCCUAUUUUGGUGAAUAUGAAUAAAUAACUGAAAAUGUACAUUUAA